AGGUACAAAGUGUGCACUCAUUCUAAUUCAAUUGUUAAAUUUGCUCAGUGAGGAAAUUUGGAAUUCUAUUUAUCAGUCGGUAUGAAUAACUCACUUCAUUUCUAGAAUGGUGUGACUGUGUUUGCAAAUUUGUAAACUUCUUAACAGGUCCGGUCGUAAAACGCUUUAUGUACUCACCAUAUCUAAUCUCAAAAUUAGUCAGCACAUUUUUUAAAAAUUUUAUCGUCAGUUUCUAAAUUGAUUUAUAAAGACAAUCUUAUCUUGACUAAGUUUGUUCGCUUGGUGUAGCAUCGGUUUGGUUUCGCCAUGUUUUUAUGCAGGUGGCGAAAGUCACGUAGUUGGAACGUUCCACAGGCUCCACCCGCUCCGACCAAGGUACUUCAACACAAUGGUGACGGAAUUCCUAAUCCGGUCAAGGCAAGAGACGAGAUUUCCAAUGAGGUCGAUAAGGUCCCAGACUCGUUAACUAUUUCAGAUGAUGAUCUUAAUGAGGUUGAUGCGAACAGGCGUCGGUCAGGUUUGGCUGGCCAUUCGAAGAAUGUCGACGAAGAUUUUUCGAAUGUUCAAAUAACCAAAUAUUCAAAAUCUGAAGCAGACGAACAAUUAAUUAAAGAUGCGCUUAAGAAGAACGAAUUUUUGAAGAACCUACUCGAAGGUGGUCGAUUGGAAGCUGUGGUAGACGCUAUGUACGAUCGAACGGUCAAAGAAAAUGAAAUUAUUAUAAAGGAGGGCAGUGUUGGAACGCAACUUUACAUUUCGGCAAACGGCACAUACAAAGUUAUAAUUAAAAACAAACUGGUUUCAACAUUUGACGAUAAUCGAGUGUUUGGAGAGUUGGCAAUUUUGUACGAUGCAAAAAGAUUGGCAACAAUAGAAGCACUUAGCGAUGGGCGAGUUUGGGUGCUCGAACAAAGUGUUUACCAAAAACUAAUGCUGAAGAGUGAAAUUGAGCAUCGAGACCAAUUACUAAACUUCUUACAGAACGUUCCAAAAUUAAAUUCCGUUCCGCAGGAGGUCUUAAGUCGAGUAACCGACCUACUCAAACGUGAAUUUUUUGCUCCUGGUGCAGUUAUAGUUCAGCAAGGGGACGAGGGGGACAAAUUCUACAUUAUUAGUGCUGGAAGUGUGACAAUCAGUCGGGAAAAUGAAGGGAAAGUUGGUAAUAUGGUUCGCGAAGAAUUUUUUGGAGAACUGGCCCUACUUAAUGAUAUUGUUAGGCAGGCCACCGUCGUGGCCGAUCCACCGGGCGUAGAAUGUUUCUCGUUGUCGCGCGAAGAUUUUAUUUUACAUUUCGGAAACGUAGAAGACAUAGAGAACAUUUCCUAUAAUACGAACAAAGCGAAAAUAUCAAACAAAGUUGAGAAUCCGUAUAUCGAUAUACAAUUGAGCGAUUUGGAAAGACGUAGUACUUUGGGUGUGGGAGGUUUUGGUCGUGUGGAGCUAGUGCAACAUAAAGCCCAAGAAGAGCUUGUGUUCGCCCUUAAGUAUUUAAAGAAGAUCGAUAUGGUGCUGCAACACCAUCAGGAGCAUGUUUUCAACGAGAAGUUGAUCCAAAUAAGCUGCGAUAGUAUUUUUAUUGUACGAAUGUACAAGACCAUGCGAGAUAAUAAGUACCUAUACUUUCUAAUGGAAGCAUGUUUGGGUGGAGACCUAUGGUCGUUGCUACAAAGGCAGAAAGGGCGCAGAUUUGAGGAAACCACGGCGAGGUUUUAUGCCGCGUCCGUUUUAGAGGCGUUAGCCUACCUACACGAACGCAGUAUAGUUUACAGGGAUUUAAAACCAGAAAAUCUUUUACUGGAUCCCAUGGGAAAUUUGAAACUGACCGAUUUCGGUUUUGCCAAGAAGCUGGGACCAAAAGGGCGAUCUUACACGUUCGCGGGUACGCCGGAGUAUGUGGCGCCGGAAAUUGUGCUAAACCGUGGCCAUGACCGUUCGGUGGAUUACUGGGCUCUGGGUAUAUUUAUCUUUGAAAUGAUCGUGGGCAGAACACCAUUUCGAAGUAACGAUUCCAGUUAUAUGAAAACCUAUAAUUUAAUCUUACGCGGAAUUGAGAGUAUUAUGCCAUUUCCGGAAGUGAUACCGAGAAAAGCCGGCCAUUUAAUUAAAAAAUUGUGCAGGUCCAUGCCGACAGAAAGACUGGGCUGCCAAAAGGAGGGCGUGCAGGCAAUCCGAGAUCAUCGGUGGUUUACGGGUUUUGAUUGGGAAUUAUUGCAAGCCGGACAGUUAAGGGCGCCAUUUAAAAGAUCUUUGAAGAGUAAUAUAGAUACACAGUACUUCGAUAAAUUCCAAAAAGAUUCCGAUAUACCUCCUGAUGAAUUGUCUGGAUGGGACGAUGAUUUCGAGAAUUUAACUUUAUUGCUGUGAAAUGGGCACUAAUAAUUUUAUACGUUUUUAAUUGUAAUAAAUUAAAUCUUUACAUUUUAAAA